AUGACACCGUGGAACAUCUCGGACCAGCCGGACUUUACGUACCGCGGGCUUUUGGUGGAUGUGGCACGCACUUAUCUACCCAUUGAAACGUUAAAGACGAUUGUUGAUGGCUGCCUCUACUCCAAGAUCAAUGUUGUGCACUUGCAUCUGACCGAUUCCCAGAGCUUUCCUCUCUGGCUGACCACUCUGACAGACAUCACAGUGCACGGCGCCACUUCGGCCGACAAAGUUUACACCCCUGAUAUGUUGCGCGAACUGGUGAACUAUGCUGCCCUGCGUGGCGUUCGCAUCAUUCCCGAGAUUGAUACACCCGGACAUUCCCGUUCUUUUGGUCUCAGCCCAGAGACAAAGGAUAUUGUGGCCUGUGCCUAUGAGAAAGACUGGGAGAAAUCGUGCGCAGAGCCCCCAUGUGGACAGCUCAACCCAACACUCGACAAGACCUAUACGGUCUUGCAGUACGUAUUCUACGACCUCGUCCUGAUCUUCAAGGAUCCCUACAUUCAUCUCGGCUACGACGAGAUCAACCACAACUGCUGGCUCUCGGAUGCAGGCAUUGCCGCUUAUUUGCAGCAGCACAACCAGACAGUGGGUGACCUGCUUCUCACCUACUUCCAACGCCAACGCGCCCUGUUGGCCUCAGUGGCCGCCGACCGCCGCUUCAUCUACUGGGAAGAAGCUUCUAUGCAAGACCCUCAACUUCCCAUCGAGUCCUCUGACGUGGUGCAAGUAUGGAGCAACAAGGCAGCGUUACAGGCAGCUUUGGUCAACACGAGUGCCGAUGUGCUCAUCAGUUGGUCCAGCAAUGUCUAUUUGGACUGUGGGGCUGGCAACAUGUUUGGAGAUGACUCUUGGUGUGAUCCUUACAAGACCUGGUGGACCAUGUAUAGCGCCGAUCCCCUCAACGGCACGCUGCCCAAUCAGCGGAGCCGCGUGCGCGGUGGCACCGCUGCCAUGUGGGGCGAGCUUGCCACGCCGGGCGUGGUGGUGCCCCGCACCUUCCCUCGUGCGACCGCUUACGCUGGACGCCUUUGG